UCUUGAAUGAUAUAUUAGACUCUAACUCCCGCUCCGCAAAAUCUCUCGAAGCUCUCGCAACGUACAGUCGAGCCAUCAAUCAACACCUCGUGACGCCCGUCCCAUCUAGCCCCAACACCGCCGAUUCACGUCCAUCAUGUCCGCACCAGCAUCUCGCGCCCUGAGGCGCUGCGUCUGCAAUGCCCGCUCCGCGUCCUACUACCGUCCCGCCACCGCCUCCCUCGCACAGCAGAAACCAUCGCGGAGAUGGCAAUCGACCGACGCAGCGGCGCCCACAAACCCCAAGAUUGCGACUAUUGUGGAUCAAAUAAGUCAAUUGACUUUGUUGGAGACGGCAGACUUGGUUUCCACGCUGAAGACCCGCCUAAACAUUCCCGACAUGCCUAUGGGCGGCUUCGCCGCUGGCCCUGGUGCUGGCCCUGCGGUAGCCGCACCCGUCGAAGAGGAGGAGGCCGCCCCGGCCGCCGCCGAAAAGACCCUCUUCAACCUGAAGCUCGAGAAGUUCGACGCUGGCUCCAAGCCCAAGGUCAUCAAGGAGAUCAAGUCUAUGCUAGGAUUGAGCUUGGUCGACAGCAAGAAGUUUGUCGAGAGCGCACCCAAGAUGAUGAAGGAGGGCGUGCCCAAGGAGGAAGCCGAGAAGAUUGUUGAGACGCUCAAGGCACUCGGUGCCACGGCUGUGAUGGAGUAG